ACAAUGGUUGCAAACACAUUCUUCAUUGUUAUCUUAGUCCUCAAGUUACUGAAAACUAUAACAAACGCCCCCACCCCAUUAUUCAGUAAAAUUGUAUAUCUACUUACCUUGACAAUAUUUUCGACAAAAAUUAUUGCCAACAUGAUUGAAGCUCAAUAGCCUGCGAAAUGCCAUAUCGUCUGCAAAUGUCCGGGUGGUUCACGUCCUUCCUUGUAAAUUAUGGCAGGGGCAAAGCUGGAAGACAAUUAUGCACAGAAAAUUAAAAACAGUACCAUGACGCAUUAGCCACUUAUAUCCACAACAGUAAAUAUAAUCCACGGACCACGAGAGUCCAAAAGCAAAUCAAAACUUCAACGCUUUUCUUUUCUGCAUCAGCUUCAGUGUGGCUUCAGCACUGAGGCUUCAGUGUACACUUUUGGAGACGUAUGCAGUGCGUCGUGUUUCCAAGAUCCAAGUUGGAUCUUGGUUGGAUCAAGCCAUAUCAGAUUUCAAUUUACGCGGGAUUUAAAGUGCGUCCAGUUCAAGUUGCCUGAAGAUUAUUUAGAUCUCUUCCUCUCUGAAUAGCACCAUUCACAGGCCAUCCCAUGGCGACAGCGUGGCGGCAGGCAGCUGGCGAGGCCAGUGACAGUGAAGACGACGUGGUGUUCAUGGGCCCCGUGACCGAUCGGGAACUGGAGAUCAGCCGGCUGCUCAACGAAACCAUCUGUCUGGCCGACGGCGACGCCAGUGACAGCGCCAACAACACGAUGGCCGGCCUGGAGGGCGGUAUGCGGGCCGUCACCCUGGAGGGAGCCCGCGAGUCGUUCACCAUGGGCGAGCUGGAGCUGCCGACUUCCACAGCCGGUGCCAAUCGCUACCCGGUGACCAGCAGUCGCCUGGAGGAGUCGGUCGCGCCGCUGGCCUCUGCCGAGAACACGGGCGAGUCUCGCCACUGGGAGGAGCUGCCCUCCGAGCAUCCACCCUCCUCCACCCGGCUGACGGGGGCCGAGCUGAGUCAGCAGUGGGAAGAGAUGCCCUCGGAGAACCCGCUGCCGCUGCCGGAGCCGGCUGGUGAGAGCAGGGUCUGGGAGGAACUCCCCUCGGAGAACCCUCUGCCAGCGCCGGCACGUGGAGAGGAGAGUCAGCAGUGGGAGGAGAUGCCGACGGAGUGUCCGGCUCCUUCCCCACGCAACGCGGAAGAGAGCCAGCAAUGGGAAGAGAUGCCGUCAGAAUGUCCGGCCCCCUCGCCACGGAACGGAGAAGAGAGCCAGCAAUGGGAGGAAAUGCCCUCUGAGUGCCCCGCUCCCUCCUCGCCUGGGGCGGAGAAGAGCCAGCACUGGGAGGAGAUGCCCUCAGAGUGUCCCGUGUCUCCGCCGGACGCUGCCCAGGAGAGUGUCUGCGAGGAUUUAUCCGAGGAGCGGGAGCCUGCCGUGAACGGAAGCCUGUGGGUCACGCUGGCCUCGGAGGACGGAGCACAGGACGCGCCUGGUGGCGGGGCCAAGCGCCGCGAGACGGCCAGUGGUGCGCUGCUCGGAGCGCUCUGUGAUGAACUGGCCGAGCCGGCCGCUGCGGCCCGCUCCCCGCGUGUGACCGUCACGGGCGCCACGCCGCGCGCUACCCGCUCGCCGCCAGAGAGCUACUCGUCCCCCGGCGGCGGCCUGCUGCAGGCGAUGCACCGCCAACUCUCCUCACCGAGCGCCGUCUCAGUGGCCACCUCCGUAGACUCUUACCACACCUGCUAUGGCGGAAGGGCGGCGGACGACAGCCGGAGACUGACGUCUGCGUCUACCCUCUCAGAUAUCUCGAUCACGCCCGCCGCACCGCCCAACAGCACACUGGGAGCUGAGGCAGCGCAGGAGUCCGACAGUGAGGAUGACUCGCGGCUGUACGAGUCGAGUGUGGAGGAUCUUCCGGAGCCGGAGGCGGCGGCUGAGGCCUCUCGUGAGCCGUCAGGAGGGGUGGAACGGACGGCGGUGUCGGAUGACGCGACCAGUGACGAUUACAGCCGCUCGCCGUCGCUGGCCGGCCGGGACCGGGUCACCAGUCUGGCGUCGGAGAGCAGUCUGGCCGGCUCGUUCAUGAGCGGUACCUCCACAGGAUCUGACAUGAACGACACGCUGGAGAUGAUGGAGAAAUUGCUGGCUAUGGAGGCGGAGGAGCGGCGCCUGGAGACGCUCCUGCAGAACCGGACGGCCGCGGGAGAGACUCUCCUCCACUCCAACAAGUCUGCGACGGAGGCGGGUGACGCUGCGAGUGCCCCAACUGCGGACACACCUCAGAGCAAGCCACGAUCAGCGGCGACGGCAAGUAGGGUUACCCCAAGCCGUCCGGAGCCGGCUGAGGUCAAGAAGGCGACCCCCGCUACCGUCACCCCCCGCGGCCGGGGCCGGCCUGCCGCGGUCACUCCGCGUCAGCAAAUGGGGGCACCGUCCCCGGGCCGGCUGACCACACCGCGAGCCAAGGUGACGCCGUCCCCGGCCCGUUCUGCCGCUAAGGCCAGCCGCCUGAGGACGCCGACACCGGUGGCCAGGACGGCGACGGUAGCGUCACAGCCGACGACACCGAGAACUAAACCUAACCUGAAGGACAUCGUCAGCCCGGUGGCUCGCUAUAUCCACGACGGACCCGAGCCCACACUGGUGCAGAACCUGCGUCCCAAGAACCGCAUGCUCAACAGCGUGGUGCCCCGGGCGCGGCCCACACCGCAGAAGCUGGCACCGCUGGCGGAGGAGGCGUCCGCCGCGCCGUCACAGGAUGAGGACAAUGUACUGCGCGAUCUGAACACCUCAAUCACCUCGAACGCGUCCACGGCUUCGGCGGGCUCCUCGGCGGCAGGAGGCAGCAGGAUACCUGUCAAGGUGUCCCGCUCGGCCGCCGACCAGGAGAACCAGCCGCCAGCAUCGUCACUGCCCAAGGUGUCCUACAAGACAUCGGGAAAUCUGGUCAUGGACAAGACAGCGUGGAACAAACUGGUUCGUAAGAACACGGCUGAGAACCGCAAGGCCGGGAGGUUCCUGCCCAGCCCGUCUCCGGUUAUUGCCGUCAAACACACAGGCCACAAGAGUGUCGCUUCCCGGCGAGUCCGCUGGAAUGACGAAUUUUCCGUGCCAGACAUGGCUGUUCGGGUGCGUCCGAUGCGCCGCUCUGUCAGCGAUUGCGAUAUGACCCAGAGCUCGGACGCCUCGUACAUGGAGGUGAGCGUCUGCGAGGUCCGCAGCGCGCGGCCCGCCGUCGUCCGGCACUAGUGCGCGGAGGAGGGAGAGUGACCAUAAGGGGCCGAAGGUGGCUCCGAGAGAGCGAGCGGGGUUUGAGAAGGUCUGGUGGUGCGCAUUGCAAGCUGCAACGGCGGUCAGCAUUGAUGUAAUUUGUGCGUUGGUAUCUAUCGAGGGAUGAAACGAUGACCGAUUAAUGUUGAAAGAUACUUUGAGCUCAGCUGUGAGAAAUGAAACGGGAAGUGUGCUUCAUUCGAAAUUUAAUGAAGAGCACCUGUCAACUUCUUUGAAACACUCUACCUGUGUUCCUUUAUAGUUUGAUUUCAACGUUGUCAGAAUGUUCGCACCAAAGUCUUCGUACGCCGGUUUCCUAUACUUAUUUGUUUGGUAAUGCCCGAAAGCAUGACGUCAAUUAUUCGGGUCCACCUCAAGAUGAAGUGUGAGAUAAGCUUCUGCGAUAUCUGCAUUUAACGUCGCUUCGCACGGCCUUAACCAUUGUCAGCUAGUGUUGUAACUUGUAGCGGUGCCAUAGACUACCGUACCGUCUUCAGUGUCUCUUGUAUAGUCUUCCACGCCUGUCCUGUUGCCAUUAACCAGAUGCAGCGCUUCUGUAGCUCGAACAUCUAAAUGGCCGAGCCGCUAGACCAAGCUGUGAGAGCGACCGUGCCGGAAAUAGCCCGAACUAAAUCAUGCUCGGCUGUUUUUAUGACUAGCCCUGUUGUCACAUUGUUGUCAGCCUGUUAUUUUAAGGACACAAUAAAUCUUGUGAAUGCU